AUGGGUUUCACAGCAGCGCCAAAGGAGUCCCGACGCCCGCAACAGUGGAAGUGGAUAGUGAGAGACUGGGUCUGUAUCACCGUGGUCACAUUCCUUGCCACUGUGCCGGUGCAACAACUUCGAGCAUUCCCGUCUUCCCUUAGCGACUGUCAGACUCCGACAGGAUGGAACUGCUCCGGUUACGAUGACCGAGACACAGAUCUCUUCUUGUGUGACACCAACACCUGUAAGUUUGACGGAGAAUGCCUGAGGAUUGGGGACAUCAUAACAUGCAUCUGUGAUUUUAAGUGCAACAAUGAUUAUGUUCCAGUGUGUGGCUCCAACAACCAAAACUAUGAGAAUGAAUGUUUUCUACGAAGAGACGCCUGCAAACAGCAAACUGAGAUCCUCAUACUGUCUGAAGGAUCCUGUCCCAUCGAUGCAGGCUCAGGCUCUGGAGAUGGAGGUAACGAGGGUUCAGCUGAGAUCGGCCAGAAGGAGACGUCCACCUGUGACAUCUGUCAGUUUGGGGCGGAGUGUGACGUGGACGCUGAGGAUGUAUGGUGCGUGUGCAACAUCGACUGUUCCCACAUCAGUUUUAACCCAGUUUGUGCCUCAGAUGGUCGUUCCUAUGACAACCCCUGUCAGGUCAAAGAGGCGUCGUGUCAAAGACAGGAGCGCAUCGAGGUCAAAUUCCUCGGACAUUGUCAGGGUGAUAUGAUGACUGGGACGAAAGCAGAGGACGGACACUCUGCCAGGACAGACUACACAGAGAAGCAGGACCAGACAGGAGAAGUGGCAAGAGGUCUCUAUAUUCCCUGUCCUGAGCACUAUAAAAAUUACUGUGUCCAUGGAGACUGCGAAUAUCCCAACUUACUCUCCACACCAUCCUGCAGCUGUCACUCAGGCUUCAGCGGCCCACAGUGUGACACGAAGGACUAUAAUGUGCUGUAUGUGGUGCCGGGUUCAGGAAAAGUCCGCUACGUCCUCAUCGCCUCCAUCAUCGGAGCCCUGCAGGUCGCUAUCAUCUGUGUGGUGGUGUUGUGUAUCACACGGAAAUGCCCUCGGACCAACAGGAUUAAGCGUCAGAAGCAGAACACCACGCAUUACAACACCGAAAACACCAUGCGAGCAUCCACCCGACUCAUCUGA